GGCUCAGGCAAUACCGCUACGUUCGGAGGUCGAAGGAGAUCACCGGGACGGAGAAGAUCUUACACCUCCUGACGCUGCUGCAGGUGGGCUGCCGCUUUGAGUCGGUCGCUGUUCUCUUCUCACGGACGCACCUCUGGCACGUUGUUCACAAUUCCGGCAUCCUAGCCAAGGGAAACGACAUGCUUGUCUACUCCCAUUGGACAAAGGAAGACGUAUACAAAGUCCUGAUCACGCUGAACGUGUAUGUCGGCAGGUAUCGAAGCCAGGGACGGUUUGCAUUGGAGGGCGACAUGCUCGACUGGGGACGAUGUAUUCAUGUACAGCACGAUGCGGACGAGUAUGAUGUCGUCCAUUGGAUUGAACGACUGCAAGCAACGCCUCCAACCCGUCGGAAAUCAAAAGCCCGCUUCCAGCUGCAGGCAUUGCUUCCAAGGCGUUAAGGGGUGACGUUUGACGACCGUUGGCCACAUUUCCUCAUUGCGCACAAAGGGAACUCAGUCGGUUUCUGGUUACCAAUCUGUUCGAGCCGGUGGGAUCACAGAAGUCCCUCAAACUUUGAGGAUGCUGG